CCGUCUCAGAGAAGUGACCCUGCAACUGAGAGGCGCCAAGAAGUUGAAACGUUUUCGCGAUUUCGUCCCCGAUUUUGAAUGAAAAUUGCCGUUUUAUGGGGACAUUUUGUCGCAGCCUGCUCCAGAGGAAAGCUUGAGCACUCUCUGAUCUCUUAUCUGCUGAGAUAAGAAUGCCCAAACCACGCAGGAAAAGUUUUGGCGCUGCCUGCCAUGCCAUAUCCAGCACUGCGGAGUUUGAGGAGGGCCAAGAUGAUGACGAUUUCGACUCUGAUUCCGAGUCCUGUUCGUCCGAACCACCCAUGGAUGACCCCAAAUCACCUAGUAGUGACGAGGAAGAAAAUAUCAUAGAUCCAAGCAUGUCUGUACACAUUACAGAUGACGCCAUCACUCCUGAAUGUAUGGCAAAGUUACAACCGACAGUCCUACUAGAGGACUGCCUGUCUCCGAACGUUUCCCGCCAAAAUACGGCCUCUCCCGUCCCUCUAAACAACGACUGGAAGCCAUCACCUUUAGCCGGCACACAGAAACAAUCCGAUUUAGACAACAAACAACAACCUAAAAGACAACAGAGGAGCGAUCACCGAGCUUUGAAAAAGGCCAGGGAAAGGAGUGGCUCGCCAGUACAUAACCUCUUAUCGAGGAUUCUGACCAAAAAGACGGGAAUUGAGACCGUCUUGUCGCCUUUAAGUAAGGAUAAACCAUCUGGAGACAAGAGCCCGGAAGCCGCACCCUCCCCCGAUAGUCUAAACCCUGACAGUCCGGGAGAGAGUUCGGCAAGGGAAGGGCUCGAGGAAAAUAAAACAUCGACUGUUACUCCGCUGAAGGAAAACUUGGCGUUGACGCGAACAAGGCUGACAAGUUCGCCGGCGGUGUAUGAGUCGCCGACGAAAUCGCAGUUUACGCGGGUGCACGGGAGUCCGUAUCCACCGGGGUCGCCACAGAUGAGUCCCGUUGUCGUGCUUCACGACUGCUGUACACCGCCGCGGGGUACCAGGCAAACCAGAGCUCAAAGGAUGGCCUCCUGGUAUGUGGAGGAAGAUGAUGAUGAUGAUGAUGAAAUGGCAGAACUUCUGGAAAAGGAGGAGGAGGAGGAAUAUGUGUUCCCAGAACCACUGUCCACGUCUGCUGAGAGUUUCUUUGGGAGAAAAGUAGAGGCUACAGUAGAGAUCCACGGUGAAACCCUGGCUGAGAGUUCCCUCUACCAUUCUCUGUCUUGCAGCUCUAAGAGAAGACAGGCAUUACUGGCCCCUGUCCCCACCAGAAGAGCCAGGUACAGCCUCAGACACGCUAAACAACACUUCAAGAACGGCUGUAUCAUCAACGGCAACGAUGAAAUCACAUUUAUAAGUAGUACCAAGACGACAGCUAAGGAGCUUCUGAAGGAGACCAGGAGAAGACAGAGGAGUCUUCACUUCACCCCCAGCCCUGUUCACCGCAGGAACAAACGCUUUAAGGGGGAGGGGAAGACUGGGGACCCCCCCAGCAGAAUGUCUACCAGACUACAGAGACAGCGAGCACCUGUCACCAGCAGUCCUGAGGAGUCUCAAGACGACUGUCUCACAGCGGAAGAACUUCCACCAACGUCUGAAGAACCCAUGGAAGACCCCGCUGGGCUACAUGACCAGUCCAACGUUGUCUUCUACGAUGAAGUGAUACUGUGUCCAGAAGAGGAUGAUUUUCAGGAAGACUCCUCAACAGCAGAACUCCCCCAUUCCAGCUGGUCACUCUCUCCACCAACCACAAGGCCCCAAAGUACAGGUUCAGGGUCUCCACCAAUCAGAGAAGAGCCCUGCAGCCCUCCACCAAUCACAGAGCUGCUCACCUCUCGGUCUCCUCCAAUCACAGUGUGCCAACCCACUCGUUCUGAGUCUCCACCAAUCAGGGAAGAGCCCUGCAGCCCUCCACCAAUCAUAGAGCUGCUCACCUCUCGGUCUCCUCCAAUCACAGUGCACCAAUCUCCUCGUUCUGAGUCUCCACCAAUCAGAGAAGAGCCUUGCAACAAAGGAUUUGAGUCUCCUCCAAUCAGAGAAGAGCCCAGCAGCUCAGUAACUGUGGUUCAGCCAAUUACAGACCACAACAGUACCACAGGAUCAAACUUCCAACCAAUCAUGGAGCAGGACAGCAAGGCUGGAUCUGAGAAUCCACCAAUCACAGAGGAGGAGACCACCACUGAGCCUCAACCAACCGUAGACCAGCCUAGCAACUUUGAAUCACAGUCUCCACCAAUCAAAAGCCAAACAAGUCUCUUGAAAUCAAGUCCAUCCCCCAACACAGUUGAACAGCCAACAACUUCAUUACCCAGUCCAUUAAACAACAGCCUUCAAACGAUAAAGGAUCAAAGUCCUUCUAGUUCAGACAAGUCUGAAGACGACAGCCCAAGAAUACAAUCUCCCAUCUUAGAGGAGGAAGAAGAUGAUACUUACGAAGAGCCAGAGACCGAAGCUUUAAGAUAUGUGACUGUCUCUAGACGUGGGCACGAAGACACCCCUCUACCAGGAAGGCGGUUGUCGAGCCGUGUUGCACAGGCCUUGGCAGAGGAGGGCUCUAUAACAGCAACACAGGUAGGAAAAAGUCACCAAACUGUAGAGCAGAGUCAAGAUCAGGCUACCAGUGGAGGUGGUAGAAAAUUAUCCCGGGAGACCUCAAAACAAAAGAAGCCUACAAGACAGCAAAAGGGCAUAGAGUUGGUUGCGGAAGAAACUGGCCAAGAGAAGGGAGAAGAAAACACUAAAAAUGACCAAAAUGUUGUAGAAGACCAGAGCUGUAGCUUGGAUGAGAAUGAGGCUUCAGACAAGGAAUGCCAUGCACCUGAUGUUGCCAUGGCAACUAGUGAUGUCGCUAUGGAAACUAGCAGUAUACCAGAAGAGGAGCCAAUCGGUGACUUCCCUGAGAUCGUCUUCAAAGGCACCGCCGAAAACAACGUAGACACACCAGAGGUGUCUCAGAGGGAGGCAAAUUUCUCCGACACAACUAAAGGAGGAGAAGACAUAAUCGUAGAACAUGAGGAUGAGGAGGAGGCUGGACCAAAACGGCCUCGUCGGUUCCGAAAACCUGCCGCGAAACCGGCGCCAAGCUCGGCUGUCAAGCUGAGGAAGGGGCGAGGCAGAAAACAGGAAGAAGACAUCGAAGUGAUCUACAGAAACAAGAACUACAAAGCUCCCGAACAGAAGACCUUCGAAACCAUCUACGAGGAUCCCAUCGUACGGAAGAAAACCGGGGAAGAACAACUCGUAGGCAGAUCGAUGAAACGAAGGGUGUCCUUCCGCAACUUCUACUACCCCAAGAAGAUGAACAAGAAGAAAGCGAGUAAAAACGUGAAGCGAUUCAGAAGGAAAAGUUUAGAAGGAGUGACAGUGGAUGAAAAAUUGAUCAACCUCGAUCGCCAGAUGAUUGGGAUAAGUCCAGCAAAGUUCUGUCUUCCCGGAGACCAGAUGUUGUUCCAGUUUGCGUCACAAGAAGCUUCGAGCGAUCUGGUCAUGGUGAAGGAGGAACCGCUAGAUUUGAUUGAUGAGGAGAAUCAUCAGGCUCUAGACUUGUCGGGUGUGGGGCCUUUGGAUGAAGAAGAAAAAGAAGACAUCGCACAAGAGUCUGAGAUUAAAAACAAAGAAGUUCACAGUCAAGGUGAAUUGUUACAAGAAAAAACAGAACAACAAGCAGAAAAAGAUUCCACGAAUACAAGAAAGCCUGGCAGGAAAAGAAGAAGGAGCUCUCUUACCGCUCAAGCAAAAAUAAAAGUUUUAGAAAACAUAAGUCAGAUCAACAGUGAGUCAGAUGACCACAUGCCAAGGAACUCCAAGAAGUCUAGAAGGAAGUCUUCUUCAUUGAAGCAGGACAGUCGUGUGUCUUUAUCCGCUGACAUGUCUAAGGAAACUUCAGGUUCUUCUAGUGAGACGACAGAAGAAGUGGAAGUGUCGCGACUGCCCGAGCAUGUGUCCUUAUCGUCUUCAGAAAGUGCAACCACGUCCGAGCUAGAAGGCGAGGUCACUCAAGGCAAGAAGAGAGGUCGGAGAAAGUCGAUACAAAGCAACAAACCUGUCGACACGGCUUCUAGUGACAGACAGGCUUCAGACCUGAACAGUGUUGAUUUGGCGAUCAAUGCCGUACUAGCUGGAAAGUAUUUUGAGGAGCCACCCAACCAAACAACGCCAUGUGUACUCUCGGUACCGGUGGAACCACCGAUGGAUGACCUACAAAAUGCAGAUGGAAAGGGCAGAGGUCAAAAUGCAAAGACCAAAGGUCAGGCAAAUGGCAAGGGGUCAAAUCCAGAGGGUAAAAUUGAAGUGGAGACAACAGAGCAAAGUACAGAUGCUCUGGGCCUUACAGAAGAAGGCAUAGGGAAUAUGAAAGGAAAAACUGCAAGACAACGGUCUCGUCGAAGAUCUUUACUUCUUAGCCAACAAAGUUCUUCAGUAGAAGAGGAGAACGAAAGAAAUACUGAAGCCUCUAACAGUGAGGAAGAGAAACUUCCUUCUUCUCAAGAACCUGGAAAGAAGAAAACGCCAAGAAGAAAGUCAGUUUUGCCGCCGACACUUGAAGAUGCUUCUUCAGCAACAGAAGACCAGGACUCUGCUGAAGAUGAUUCUUCCUUGACAGUUAAGAAAAAAGGAAGAAGGAGGUCAACUAUGUCAACAGCAAAGCAAGACACAGUGGAAGACUUCUCCCAACAAAGUCGUUUGACCGAGGAACAAACUCUAGAGGAAGGGUACUCAACCGAAUCGUCGGUAUCAAGCGUUGUGGUGAGAAGAUCGAGAAGAAAGUCAGUCCUACUUCAGCAAAGUAGCUCGGAAGACUGCUCUCAACCAGCGAAGGAACAGGGUGCAGAAACUGACCGGUCGGAAGAAACGUCUGCCACAACAUCGGUGGCAAGGAAACGGUCAAGAAGACGGUCAGUAGUUAUACAUCGGUCAGGAAGCUUGUCCGAAGAAGGUAUGGAGACUUGUCAGUGGUCUGGAUCUGAGUUGUCGUGCAAUGUGCCCCUACCGGGAAUCAGGUCGGUGAAGACGAGAAAAACUAGGCGUCAGGACAUCAUUCCUGAUAGUUCUACAUGUGAGAAUGUUGAACGUGCCAUGAGUGAGUCAGAAGAAAGCCACGUCAGCACUGCUUCAGGUCCAGUCACUACCAGGCGGUCAAGACGCCGCUCUGUCCUGCUGAAGAUGUCUUCAGCAAACGAGGAAGAUUCACGCCCACCAGACAACGUAUCUCUUGUAAAAAUAGCAAAACAUCACAUGGAAAGUCUUGGAGAAGCCGGCGUGACGUCUACAGUACUCAAGGAAGAGCCAAACAGCAUCUCAGCCGAGCACCAAACUGAUGACAAGACUGGACAGAUUGAAGAACCCCAAGUAGAUAGAAAAGAACAUCAGUCAGAAAACGAUUUAAAUCCGUGGGGCUGCUCUUCACAAGAGUCGGCAUCCUCUCAGUCAGUUGGCGGUUUCGGGGACUUCGUAGAAGACGAGGCUUCCGGCGUAAGUCGUCGGAAGAGAAAACGGCGGAAGUCCGUGCUUCUCAAACAGUUUUCCUGGGCGGGGGAGUCUCCUCCGGGAAUCACAACCAUCUCUGAGAACUUUGGAACGAAAGCGGAAGAAAGAAAACAAACUGAGAAACCGCUACCGUCCUGUUCACAGCAAACCCGUGAGGAGGGCGUAGAGAAUGUUCCGGACUGUCUAGAGAGUGAUGAUGUCGUCAGUUUCAACUUGGAAGUCAGCCGGAAAGAAACGGAGCUGAAAGAAGUACAUUCUGACGCUGAGGCUACCGAUUCUGAGGCUAUUCUCCCAGCUAAGAAAGCUAAAAGGUCUCUCUGUGGCAAUAAUGAAGAGAAAAAUCAGACCAGUGAUUCCUCAGAGUCAGUAGUUGACAGCCAAGCCCAAGUUUCUACUGUAAGGAAGCGUAGAAAAUCUAUAUUCAAAAAAGCUACAAAUGAGGAAAAAAUUGUGACAAGUUCAACUGACAUUCCGCAAGACAUCCUAAAUAAUGACGACUAUGACGAAUUGCAAUCUACAGAAGUUCAGAGUGAUUUGCAAACAGUUACACAAGCAUCCAGACGGCAGAAACGCAAGAGAGCGGCGGGGCCUGUGGUGUCAAACCAAAGUUCUGAAGAGAUGUCUACAAGUGAUAAAGAAGACAAAACAGAAACAUUUAAGAGUGAAGGUUUACCUACUGGUAUUUGCAAUGAAGAAUCACGUGCAUCUGCAGAAAAGGUUGAAGGAACAAUGUCAGAAGACCAAGUUUCUGAGAAGCAGCCUAAAAAGAGAGGCAGACGCAAGUCACAGUCCUUCAGACCAGAAAAGAUGAACAAGUUUUUGUCUGAAAAUCAAGAUGCAGAAUCCACCACACCCAACCAAACUGAAGAAGACUUUGUCACUAGGGACAAAACAUACACGGAUGAGAAACAUACAGAAAUCACUGACGAACCAAAGAGAAAAGUUCGCCGCCAGUCGGCCCGUUUCCGACGAGCUAGUACGCCAAAGAAGAUGGCGUCCCCCAAGACAACGCCUGCGCCAGACAACGAUCUGAUGUUUGAAGAGGACUUUGUCACCAACGAUGACACCUUUAUUGACAACGAACAAAUAGAAAGCCUUAUAAACUCUAUCGCAGAAGGUAACACUCCGGUAGGGAGCCCUUGUAACAGCGUUUCCACAAAAAUCGCUGACGUAAAUGUUGAGAAAGACAUCAAGAAACCUAGGCAGAAGAAGGCAAAAACAAGAAAGAAGAAUGCGGGAAAGAGAGCUGCUACCAGGGGAAGGAAGAAAGCAGAGCUUCCUAAAACCCCAAAAGAGUCCUCACCUCAAAACAGAAAACCAGCGAAAACCCCAAAAGACUCCUCACCACAGAACAGCAAACCAACUAGCACUGUCUCACCAAAAUUACGUGUUGCAGAAAGUAACAAGACAGCUACACCGGUAGAUAGUGAAGAAAAUGGUUUUCAGGACAACACUUGUAGCAUCAGGAAAGAGAAGAAGGCGAAAAAAGGAGGAAAGAGUUUGUCUCCAGCAACCAACGAGCCAAAAAUACAUGAAAAUGGGGACAAAACAACGGCAAUGUUGUCACCGACAUCACAGAACAAUCUGAAAAAGACGCCCGGGAAUAAAACGCCGUCGUCAGCGCUGCAAAGUCACACCGACAAUGGAAAGUCUUCCCAGAAAUCCUCACCUACAACUCCAAGUCAGUCCCAGAAACGCGAAGUCAUCAUGAAGGAGCCUCCACACAGUCCUGAGACAGUCUUCUCCCCGAAAAGUCGGGACCAGGCUCGGCAGAUCAGCAGUCUGUUCUCAGUCCUCUCUAGAUCCACCUCAUCUCCCGAUGCCAACCAGUCCCUCCUAGGAGCCAUGCCCUCCUUCAAAUCACUUGUGAAAGACGUCGUGAGCCCUGAAACCACCGUUAACUCCAGCCAGCCUGUACAAGACACUAAUUGUGACACCAGGAAACCAUCUAAACCAUCGUCUUUUGCAAGUAAAGCAAACGCUAGCAGCAAAAGUACCAACAACACAACCUAUAGUAGCAAACCUGGACUCUUAGCAGAGCAGACACCGCAGGCUGAGUCGUGUGGUUCGGACGUAGCAAGCAGCUUUAGUUGCCAUGGCAACACGAGCUGGAAGGACACUACGGUAUCCAACAGCGGGAAGAGCAAGUCGUUUACAUUUGCCAAGGCGUACUCGGCCAAACAACACUGGGCUAAACGGUUCAUGAACACUAAGGACACUUAUCUGAACAAGUUUAAGAUGUUUGCGUUUGGUUCACCUUCUUCACAGUCCAGUGCAGAGGAAAACAGUUAA